UCUAAAUCGAAAGUACAAUUUCGUAAAAUCUUUGUCAUCGGUAAAGUUUUUAUCUAUUCCUUGUAUCUGUGCCAGAUAGCAAGCAUAAAUUAUCGAUAUGACUCGUUAAAAGGGAUAAGAUGAUGUAAAUAUAUUAUGCGAUAUAUCUCUUGCUACCACAUUUCGAUCAUCAUCAGAUGACACCGCAGAACUAGAAGCUGUAGGUGCUACAAAGAAUUUAAAACAAUGAGUGAACAGAGAAGUAAAGUUAGAGGAGGACGAGGAUCUGGAAGUUCCGAUGACAAUGGACCUCGCAGUAACAGGUCAAUUCCACCGCUUAUGCAGAGAUCUCAUGCUGCUUAUCUGCACAACCAUACAUCUGGUGGUUUACCUGUGCAGAGAUAUCAUGCUGCUCAUCUACACAACCAAACAUCUGGUGGAUUACUUUCUCUACCCGGAGGGCCAGUGAUGAAUUACCCACAUCAGUCUCUAUAUCCCGGAACGUUUCAUAACCCGCAUCCAUAUUGGAAUCCAUAUGUUCCACCGGUGGCUUCUUAUAACCAGUACCAUCCAAAUCCGUCACAGAUAACACCGGAUUUACAGCAUAGAUUGGAGUCUCCCUCCGUGUGUAGUUACCCACCUCCAAGAUUGGAGUCUCCCUCCAUGUAUAGUUACCAGUCUCUUCCCCAGACCGCAAGGUCAACCCCUGGAAACGCUACUUUAUCAGAGAGAGAGCCUGUGGAAUUUUUAUUGGAGCUACGACCAACAACAUCCUUCAACACAGAAAAGACAGCUUCAGCAUUAAUUUGCUUUACUGUUGCGGUAGAUGGGAUGAAAUUUGAGGGAUAUGGCAAGACAAAGACAGAAGCUCAACAUGAAGCAGCAACUGCAGCUCUUAAAGCCGUAUUCAAUAUUGUUUGUACUAAAGGACUGGAAACGACUGAGGCCGAAUCAGACAAUGAGAGUAUUGGUAGUGAAAUAUCCCUUGUGGGGGAGAGUGCAAAUCAAAAGCAGAAGGAAGUAUCAAAAAGAGAUUAAAUUCUUAAUGAUGUUCGAGAUCAGCUGGAAAAAGAUGUGUUCUCUUUUCUUGUAAAAGAAUGUGGUGGAUGCACCAGUUUGAAAAGAUUUAAAGAGAUGUACAAUUCUCUAUCUGAGGACUUUGAUGAGUGGUUAUUGAAGACAAAGAAAAUACUGGCUGUGUAUAAGAAAGAAGGAAAACCUACGUAUAUUGCACCUUUCUUAAGAGAUGCAGAAACUUGUCUUCAAGAAUUAGGCCUUGGAAAUAGAAAAAGAUGUCAACGGAGAAAUUGCAAUUAUUUUCAUGUUUGCACGUGGAACCUCAAUGGUAUGUGCAAACGUGGUGACAAAUGUACGUAUGGACAUACAUUCACUUCCGGUAACAACAAAGAAAUUAAAUGCAAACUGGGACUGAAUCGAUUUCGGGAUAAAGAAAUUCGCACAAUAUUAAAAUGCAGAUAUCCUCAAGUGUGCCCAGCAUCCCACUGUGAAGCGAACACUCCCGAGGAGUGUCCAUUUCUUCAUGUCUGUUACAACUAUAUUCGAGAUAAAUGUCAAAAUUCAUCUUGCAGCAAAGGUCAUACUUUAGAUGAUCCUCACAACAAAUGGGUUUUAUCUGUUUAUGGAAUGUCGCGAUGGCCUAGACAACAACUUGCUCGCUUAAAAGCUGUGGUUACCAUUCACCGUGGACCAAAGAGAAACACAAAUGAAGAAGAUACAUCAUUGGAAGUUGAUAAUCACGAAAAAGCUUCAGAUUCCCUCAGCUCGUCAGAAAAUUAUUUAGCAGAAGCAGGUGAUAAUCCUAUUGAUGAGAGGGUGAAAAAUUAUGAAAUAGAGCAAAAUAAAGGAGAAAGCAAAGAUGAAAGAUCGGAGGAAGUAUACAAGACCAAGCUUGAAAGACGAAAUCAAUGGGAUAAGCCAGUUGAAGACACUGAAUUCAUAGCUGCUGUUACAACUAAAAAUAAUCCAAAGAAAAAACCCCCGUCGACGUCACAAAGUCGGGGAAUGAAAGAUAUACCAGAAAUUUGUUUGGCGUUGAACAAAUUCAGUGGACCAUGUCCUGAAAAGUGUAGCAGGUAUCAUACGGAACUCCUUUAUCAGUGACAGAUAAAGAUAUACGGAGAAUGGGUCUGUUUUACAAGCAAUGAAAACCAGAAAAUAGAAAAGCAAUAUUGCCAACUAUCUGAUACAGUCGAA